AUGUUUUUAUCGGCACUUUUUUCAUUAAAAUCAAUUGUUUCGUUAUUUGUCCUAUUGAUUGCUUUUGGUAUUGGAUCAUAUCUGUAUUUAACAUUAGAUACAGAUUUUGAAGCUCAACCUCGUAUAUUUUCUCAUUCAACUAGUUCAAAUUUAUUGAAAGCAAAAUUUCCAAUAGAUGAAAUUAAUCAAAUAAUGAAUACUGCUCGUCAGGCAUGGUCUAUUAUUAACAAUAAUCGAGCUGUUAUUGAUAUUCAAACAUCCUAUGGUAAUGGUAUACCUGGUUAUAUAACUGAUCCAUUUGAACUUCAAUCAUGGUCAUCACCACCGGCUUCUUAUUCUUUUACUAUUAAUGUUAACAAUCGUUUAAAACAACGUGUUCUUCAAUUUACUUAUACUCUUCAAUUUACAUAUGGUGGUUCAUUAGAUGGGAAAGGUGCUUAUUUAGAUCGUGUCACAGUUAUUCCAUCACGUAUAUCAGUUGCAUGGGGUUUUAUAUUUAAUGCAAGUGUUCAAAUAGCAUCUGUACAUAAUGUUGGUACACGUGAUGAACCAAUUGCUGCUGCUCAUGUUGAAUUACAUUAUCGAUUAGUAGGACUUAAUGUAGUUGAAAGAACAGAAUCAUUUCAUGUUAGAGGUGAUGGACAAUAUGUACAUUUAAAUGCUUGA